AAACUCCAGCACUAUCUCUCUCAGAUUACACUGGUGGUCGAAAUGAGCUCGGUGGCAUCUUGCAUUGGCACUUGCAAUCCCAGAAAGCUCAGAACACUCGGUACUCUACCAUCGAAGGAUUUCAAUGCACCUGAAACGUCAAGAAUAAAAAUCUUAUGCCAGGCCCAGAAAAGCUCACCUUCUUCUGGACAGGUUCUGCAGCUAAAUAAUGAGAAGCCAAGUUUAUUAGGGAGAAGAGAAGCAAUUGGUUUUGGCUUCUGCUUUGGCCUUGUUGAUGUGCUCUUGCCAGGUCAACCCACUGAAGCAGCUGAAGUUGCUCCUUGUGAAUUUACUGUAGCUCCUUCUGGACUUGCUUUCUGUGACAAAGUAGUAGGGAAGGGAGCUGAGGCUGUUAAGGGACAGAUGAUUAAGGCACACUACACUGGGAAAUUGGAGAAUGGCAAGGUGUUCGAUAGUAGCUAUAAUCGUGGGAAGCCCCUUACAUUCCGAAUUGGUGCUGGUGAGGUAAUCAAAGGGUGGGACCAAGGUAUUCUUGGUGGCGAUGGAAUUCCUCCCAUGCUUGCUGGGGGAAAGCGCACCUUGAAGAUCCCUGCAGAACUUGCAUAUGGUGCACGGGGAGCUGGGUGUAGAGGAGGUUCAUGUAUUAUUCCUCCAUAUUCCGUUCUUUUGUUUGAUGUGGAAUUCAUUGGCAAGGUAUGAGAAGUGGCCAAAGAGACAACCACACCAGCAGUGUCUCAAUCGAUCGAUCACCUAUUUUUCCCUUCCUUUUGCCUCUACCUUUUGCGAAUGCUUUUCUUAAUGGUGAAAUGCAAAGUGUUUUGGCUGUCUUUGUUCCAGAUGAGAAGCCUUGAUUGAGUGUUUCUGCUUGUCUAGAAAUUUUGCCCGCGCUUUGCCCCGGGAUUUAGUGUUAUCAAUGAAUUAGAAGCCUUGAUUGAGCUAAAGAAGACCUUAGUAUCCAUUCAAAUUGAAACUUAAAGCCAAAUUAUUUUAA